GUCAUUUCAAUUCAUACCUGUAUCGAGUACAGGUCUUGACUGCGCACCACUAACGUGUACUAUACUUUUAUUUGAAAACUGGGAGAAUCUCUCAGGUAAGCGAAGUCAUGAAAAUUGAUUUUUGUUUUCUUUCUUUGUCCGAUUUGCUCCUGGAUGAGGAGUCGCGCUGCCUUGUAAUUCCUAUGCCGUCCUCUAGGUGGCGGUAACGCACCUCAAUGCUGAGGCCAACCUCCGUUCGAACGGAAAAAAAGAAGAAGGAGCCAAGCAGCCACUGCGUAAACGAAGCUUGAGCUUUAGCUUUUUAGCUUUAGCUCCCGGCCGCGUUUCAGUUCAAUACGACGCCGCGCGCAAGCACCGGCGCCGUCUGUCGCUUUCAUCUCGAUCGUUGUUCGGUCUCGGCGAAACAUGUUCCGCGGUCGGCCUCCGCCGCGGGGCUCUUACCGGCCGCCUUUCGACGGCCGCGGCCCGCCGCCGCCGCCGCGGCCGUACCAUCACCAAAGAGCGGACGACAGGAACCGGGCCAGAUCACCGUACCACUCGGAUUAUCACCGCCACGGACACCCCGACUACCAUCACUUCCCGCCGCACCGCGGCUACUAUCCUCCACCCUCAGCGGGACACCGAGGCGGCCAGCACCGGUUCGGUACUCCGCCCCGUGAGAGAUCGCCCUCUCCUCGCCGUCGUCUUCCCAUCGACCACAAACUCGUCAUCACGGUGGGCAACGAGUUGACCGGCUCCGCAAGUCCGCGUCGGCACAGCAGAGACCGAAGCACGGACAUUGGUCGCGGCCGCAGCAGAAGUCGGGCGAGGAGCAAGAGCAAGAGCCGUCAUUGCAGCCGGGGUCGCAGCAGGUCCGGGUCCAGGUCCAGGUCCAGGUCCAGGUCCAGGUCCAGGGGGCGGAAUCGAGGGCGGGCUUCCAGUAGAGCGCCAAGCAGGAGGCGCAGCAGCUCCAGCAGCAGCAGCAGCAGCAGCAUCAACGAGCGCUACCGCUACACGAAGGCGUUUCCCGAACUGGAAGAGGCUCGUCGCAGGAAGGAGCUGGAGGACUUGUUGUGUCUGCCCACCAAGUCCAUCCUCAAGAAACGCUCCGAUUACAACUGCUCGCCUACGGUCAGGAGCUCCGACUCGGCCCUCUCCGACGUGGCGCAGGAGCUGCUGCGGGCCGUCAAAGGGAUGGAGCCGGCCGCCAUGGCGUCCGUGUUGAGCGAGCUGCGGUCCGACCCGCAGACGUGGCGGCGGGCCGAUCGCGACCCAGAAAUCAAGGAGAUCCUCCAUUUGCUGGACCCGGUGGCGGCCCAAGGAGCAAAGAGUCCGGCGGACGACAUGGACGACGAGGAGAAGUUCCUGUACGGAGACUCGGAGGACCCCGAGAUAGUCGUCCCGUCGCAGCCGCUCCAGACCCACGCGUUCGAUCCGUACGGGGACGUGACGGAGGACGUCCUCUAUGAAGACUUGCCCCGUGCCGCCGUCCUUCCGGCGGUCUCGCCCGUAGCCAGCGGAGAGGCCUUUACGGAGCGGCCCCCCUCAGUUUCCCACGCCGCCGUGCGGGCGUCCAUUCCCGGACCGCCGCCGGAAGAGGAGAACCAUCAGCAGGCGCAGGCGCAGGAAGACUACCGGAAGCUCCAGGACCUGCUGAAGACGAUCGGCUUGGAUCUGGGUGUGACGGAGCUCAGCAAACUGGCCGCCAGGACCAAGGAGCGCCUGCAUGGGAAUAAAGCCGCAAAAGCUCCCAAGACGCCAAAGCGACGCCCGCGUUACUCGUCUGACAGCUCGGACGACGGCCGCAGCCGGCGCAGCCUCAGCCGGCGCAGCCUCAGCCGCAGUUCAAGCGACGACGACAAAGCGGGCCCCGGCGCCGGGCGGGCCCGCGGCCGGAACGCGGACGUCAAACGAUCGGACGGCCGCGGUGUCGACGCGGCUCCCGAUGAGGCGCCGGGGCAAACGGUGUCGCUUGACGCCGCGCCGCCCAUCCCGUCGGCCGUGCCCGUCCCCCCCUCCUACCGAGCCUCUCCUGCGUCCGGCGCCGUGGCGCCCAGCUACCCUCCGCCGGCCUACGCUCAGUACGGCGGCUUUCUGCCUUACGCGCACCCGCAGUGGCCGCCGCCCAUGUACCCGCCCCCGAGCUUGCAGGCGCCCGCUGCCAACAGCUUUCCAACAGCAAGCGCUCUGCCGUACCACCAGCCCGACACCCAGCGGCUGCCGGAGCCUCAGGUCAAAGGGGUCGUCAAGUCUCCUUGGGUGGCCGGGACGGGCCCGAGUCAGGUGUCGGAGCAGGAGAACAACGAAAGCCAGAAGCAGAAGGUUCUGGAGGAGCGGGAGAACUUGAGACAGGAGCGAGAGCAGCGCAUGAAGAAGAAGGAGUACCUCAUGAAGGAACUGGAGCGGCUCCGGAAGCAGCAAGGCGAGCUGCUGAGGAAGAAACGUCGCGAGAAGGACGGCCACAAAGACCCGCUCCUGCAGGAGAUCAGCCUCCUGCAGGAGGACAUCAUGAUGCAGAUCUCCGACCUGCGCAGGGAGCACGAGGGCGCCGAGAAGAAGCGCAGCGAGAUCGAUAAGGUGGCGCUCAUCCUGGGGCUCGGACCCUCCGACCGCCCCCGCCCGACGCCCCGUGCGACGCAGGCGGCUCACGCGGUCAACAGCCCUGGCAAAAGUAGGCCGUGCACGGAGCACGGUCAGGAGGGCCAACGCGAUGGCGGCGGCGGCGGCGGCGCGUCCCCCAAGCAGAACACGUCGGAAGCGAGCCCCCUCCCGGAGCCCUUUGAAUACUACGACGCCGGAAACCAUUGGUGCAAAAGCUGCAACCUCACCUCGGGCUCCAUGUUUGAUUUUUUUAAUCACUUGCACAGCAAAACCCACCGAAAGACUCUGGACCCUUACGAGCGUCCGUGGGCCGCGCCGCCCACCCAAAUGGGGAAAAAAGCGCAGACGGAAGACAAGCAAAUGAAACCGGCCAAAGGCUCAGAGUUCUUACUUCCCGUGCGAGGAUUUUUCUGCGUGCUGUGCGAAAAGUUCUUCGGAGACGCAAUCUGCGCCGAGGAGCACGUCACCUCUCAUUGCCACAACGACAAGUACAAGAAAAGAAUGUACAAGAAUCCGCUCUAUGAGCAGAGAAGGAAUCUGGAGCGCCAAGCCGGGCUGGACUCCAACUCGACGGGGAAAAAACGUAAACCGGAAGAAGGCGUGGCCGACAAAAGCAAAAGCAAAAAGGAGAGAAAAGGCGAAAAGGAGUUUGGGACGGAGGACGCCCCGUCGAUGGCCGUCGAGGAGGAGAAGAAGCCCAAAGUGCCGAAGAAAGAAGAGGAGCUUAAAACUCCCAAGACCAAGACUUUUUAUGACGGGAAGGAAGAGGACGAGGACGAGGUGAAAUCCAGGAAGAAAAGCGACAAGUACCAUUGGAGCGCGGAGGAAGACGAGAGGGCCGGCUGGAGGAGAGACGAGGACGAGGACGAGGAAGAGCCCCGCAAAGCGAGCCGAGGAGGACGUCAUUAUCGGCACCGCGGACGCCAAGAGGACCCGUACGAGCGCCGGCCGCCGCCGCCGCGCGAGGACCCGCGCCAACGGGAAGACGCGGACGCAGGCAAAGAGAAGAAGGCGCCGGCCGCGGUCAAGCCCCACUACGAGCCGCCCAAAAUCAUCUGCGGACCCAGUCCGGCCAUGCGGGCCAAGCUCCUCAAACAGUGCCCGGACGCCGCCAAGCUGCCGCCCACCUUCGGGAGGUUCACCUGGAGGAAACGGGAGAACCAGCUGGCCAAAGAUGCCCAGAAGGCAGCCGCCGAGUUCAUCAAGGAUGACGAACGAGCCGCCAAAGAGGCCCGCGUCCCCGACGACGACUCCUUCGCAAAGUCCGUGGCCUUUGCCAAAGAGAUUGCUCAGAAGCUGUUGGCCGCCGGCGGCUCCCCCGCGCCGCCGCCGUCCAUCCCCGGCGCGGCGCGGGGGAGAAACCACAGCGGGGGAAAACCCCCGCCUCCGAACGCCGUCCCCUCCGUAGCCCCUCGGGGCCCGGGUGCACCGCUGCCGCCGGCCCAAGACGGACCCAUUUUUCCUCCUCUCGAGAGACUCCCGGAAACCAAGCGGGACCAUACUAAGCCGACGUCUCGCGAGUCCGAGAUCCGACCCGCGUCUCUGUCCGCUCCUCCCCCGUCGGUCCCCAAAUUACCGGUGUCGAGUGUCAGGCCAGCUCCACCGAUCUUCCGUUCUGUCCCGUCGGGCCCCGAACCCGCAUCGACUCCGACGCCGCCGAGGUCAAGUCCCGCCGUGACCGCCGUGACCGCGGUCGGACCGGCUCACCCGACGGUCCGCUCCGGAUCGACUUCACCCGCGUCAAGCGCCGCCUCGUCGGUUAGUAGUGCGACUGCUCCGCCGCCUCCCUUGCCGUCGGGUCGCGCUCCAGGGCCUUCAAGGCUCCAGGUGAACGCCCCCGCCCCGCCGUCCAGGCCGGAGCUUAACCCGACCGCUCCGACGCCAUCGAGGCUGGAGAUUAACCCGGCUCCGGAAGUGUCGCCGCCCGUCCGGUCCGAGCUGGAAACGGAAACGGCGGACACGGAGCCGGACGUGGCGGCUCCCGGGGUUCCGGAGAGCGAGCAGACUCACGCCGUGUUUGUGAAGCCUCCCCCGCUCUUCUGCACGCUGGAUGGAGGCCAGAGGUCCGACAAACCCAAAAGUAACCUGGCUGCCGCUAAAGCCCAGGAUUUAUUUGGCAUCUUCUACAGCUCCGAGGACAAGACGGGGCCAUUAUCCUUGAUCAGGUCGAGCGCGGCGGACGUAAGCGGGACCCUGAAAAGUCCCCUUGCCGCUCAAACCGUACCGCACGCCGCGGCCCGACCUUCAAACCCAUCGCCGCGGACGGAUCCCGGCCCGUCGUGGAACGCCGGGUCGGAGCUCCGCAUUGAAUCCAUUUGGUCUCUGCAGACCGACCCCGAGCGAGCGCCCCCGGGAGUUCUCCUCGACGGUUUGGUUGCUGAAAGUGCACAGGCAGAGCAUCCGGAAAGCACGCCGGCGCAAACUCUGCGGCAGGUCAAAACCGGUGAGCCCGAACCAGAUGCCGAAAAGCCUCCGUUGACGCUUCCCGAACCGCUCCCAGAAACGCCUCCGUCCCCCAAAGCCAAAUCCGCUCCGGGUGCGAGGGCGCGAGGGAAAAAUGCAAAAAAGAGAACGACUCCCUCCUCCGGCGUUCCCGUCCGACAAACCCGAUCCCAAACCCGAUCCCAGACCGGGCUGCGGUCAGAGCAGACCGUAGGAGAUGCUGACCAGAAGCCCUCGGAGUCUCCAGGAGACGCCGAUCCAAAGCUCUCAGAGUCUGCGGGAGACCUUGACCAGGAGCACUCGGAGUCUACGGCAGACGCUGACCAGGAGCUCCCAGAGUCGUCGGAUUGCCGCUCUGGGACUCGACAUGAUGGAUCGACAUCAUUAACACCUGACAAUGUCCACUCUUCUGCAAUCAUGGCUGAUUUGAAUUUAGCGUAGCAGGAGACGCCAGGAAGACGCCCGUUUGAAGGGAUCGGCCCAGCACCCGCAGAGACCCCAAUCGCAGUUUCCUCCACAUAAAAAAAAAAAGUCAUUCCAAGAUGACAAGCAAAAGGAUUGUUUUCUCAUUUGUUUUCCCGGCUGAACAUUGGUGAGGUAAUGUACGCUUGAAUUUUUAUUUUUUCUACGGCACUCGCUGGGUUCCUUUGUCAUGCUGCAAGCAGCUUUGCCGAGACUAGAUUCCUCCCGGUGGUCUUCCUCUUUGGAGAAUGGCGAGCGACGGACUGGCCCUGGCACACUUUGUCCAGUAAAUCCAAUUGGGAGUUUGUUUCCCUCUGCUUGUCUUGUGCACCACAUUUUAAUAAAAUGUACUUUGAGACCAA